CUAUCACCUAAGUGUGGGCUAAUGUAAUCAUGAGGGAUUUCACCUACAUCCAUUCAGUCAGUCUUUGGGGGUUUAAAGAAAUUCCAAAGAGUCAUCAGAAGAGGAAAAAUGAAGGUAAUGUUUUUUCAGACAGGUAAAGUCUUUGAAAAUAUGUGUAAUAUGUAAAACAUUUUGACACCCCCAUAAUAUUUUUCCAGAAUUAACAGUAUAAAUUGCAUCUCUUGUUCAAGAGUUCCCUAUCACUCUCUUUAAUCACUACUCACAGUAACCUCAACUCCUGCCACAAUGUACAGGAUGCAACUCCUGUCUUGCAUUGCACUAAGUCUUGCACUUGUCACAAACAGUGCACCUACUUCAAGUUCUACAAAGAAAACACAGCUACAACUGGAGCAUUUACUGCUGGAUUUACAGAUGAUUUUGAAUGGAAUUAAUAAUUACAAGAAUCCCAAACUCACCAGGAUGCUCACAUUUAAGUUUUACAUGCCCAAGAAGGCCACAGAAUUGAAACAUCUUCAGUGUCUAGAAGAAGAACUCAAACCUCUGGAGGAAGUGCUAAAUUUAGCUCAAAGCAAAAACUUUCACUUAAGAGAUACCAAGGACUUAAUCAGCAAUAUCAACGUAAUAGUUCUGGAACUAAAGGGAUCUGAAACAACACUGAUGUGUGAAUAUGCUGAUGAGACAGCAACCAUUGUAGAAUUUCUGAACAGAUGGAUUACCUUUUGUCAAAGCAUCAUCUCAACACUGACCUGAUAAUUAAGUGCUUCCCACUUAAAACAUACCAGGCCUUCUAUUUAUUUAAAUAUUUAAAUUUUAUAUUUAUUGUUGAAUGUAUGGUUUGCUACCUUUUGUAACUAUUAUUCUUAAUCUUAAGAUUAUAAACAUGGAUCUUUUAAGAUUCUUUUUGUAAGCCCUAAGGGCUCUAAAAUGGUUUCACUUAUUUAUCCCAAAAUAUUUAUAUUAUGUUGAAUGUUGAAUAUAAUAUAUAUGUAGAUUGGUUAAUAAAACUAUUUAGUAAAUUUGAUAAAUAUAAA